AUGAGAGAAAAUUCCUGUCUGGAACUUCAAUGUUUCGAUGUCUAUGAUGCGAAGGAGUUUCUAUUAAGCAGAACUGGUAUUCCACGUACUGACGACACCGAGGCUGCAGCAUGCAAACUCUUUCAAGAACUUGGUGGUUUACGACUAGCUCUUGAGCAAGCAGCAGCGUACAUUAAGUCGUUGGGGUGUUCAUUCUCGUCCUAUCUCGAAACCUACAAAACAAAGCGUCUUUCUCUUUUAAAUCAACACUCCAACAGGCUACCAAACCCGUGUCUGAGUAUUCUUCUCCCGAACGACUAG